CUGGAAAUAUAUAAAUUUGUCUGCUUUGUUACUAUACUGUUGUACAUGACUGUGAAUUGGUUGGAUGAAAACGUAAAAUUCAUAGUGAUCGAGUGCAAUUUCUGUUUGUGCAAGUAAAGUUUGAAACAAAGCAAACAGAAUGGGAGUGCCUACAGCGAAAAAUCCUGAUGCUAUGGACGUUGAAAUAAUAUCUCCAGAAAGUCAGAACGGCGAUGGAGAUGUCAUCGAUAAGAAAGAUACUGAACUUCAAACGAUACAUGAUAUUCGCGAGCAUGCACGUCAAAUAGAGAAAGCUGUACAAAGCAAGGAACCUCGUUUCAUUUUGAGAGCUCUACGUACGCUGCCUAACACACGACGCAGGUUAAACUCCAAUGUCUUACGUGGAGUUAUUUUAAGUUUUUAUCCGAAACUGUGCACUGAACGCGAUACAUUGUUGUCAUGGUUGGAAGAAUCUAAUGAACCAGAAGAAACGCAAAAACUUCGUACUUCUGCCAUGAGUCCAUUACCAGAAAUAGAUGCUUACAUUCACCUAUUAGUUCUCGUGCGUUUAAUUGAUACUGGGAGACACGAAGAAGCUGUUCAAUGUUCAGAGGCAUUGCUACAAAAAAUUAUUGCACAAAACCGACGUACGAUUGAUUUGAUCGCUGCAAAAUGUUAUUUCUAUUAUUCAAGAUCGUACGAACUAGUCGGACGAUUGGAUAAAAUUCGCGGAUUAUUGCAUUUGAGAUUAAGAACAGCGACAUUAAGAAACGAUUUUGAAGGGCAGGCAGUAUUGAUUAAUUGCUUGUUGAGAAAUUAUUUACAUUAUAAUUUGUAUGAUCAAGCAGACAAGCUUGUACUUAAAUCAACAUUUCCAGAAUCUGCCAGUAAUAAUGAAUGGGCUAGAUUUCUGUAUUAUCUGGGACGUAUUAAAGCAGCCAGAUUAGAAUACUCUGCUGCCCACAAGUAUUUAGUACAGGCUCUUAGAAAGGCACCGCAAAGUACUGCAGUAGGUUUUCGUCAAACAGUUCAGAAACUAGCCGUAGCAGUGGAACUUCUUCUUGGGGAUAUCCCUGAGCGUCAAAUCUUUCGGCAAGCAGCUUUGCGUCGUGCUUUGGCUCCAUACUUCCAAUUAACGCAAGCUGUGCGUUUGGGAAAUCUUCAGCGAUUUGGAGAAGUUUUAGAAAACUUUGGCCCGCAAUUUAGAGCAGAUCAUACGUUCACGUUAAUUCUCAGAUUGAGACAUAACGUUAUUAAAACUGCGAUUAGAUCGAUUGGAUUGUCCUAUUCAAGGAUUUCUCCAGCAGACAUUGCUAAGAAACUCGGCUUAGAUUCCAGCGUUGAUGCAGAGUUCAUAGUUGCUAAGGCUAUUAGAGAUGGUGUAAUCGAGGCUACUCUAGAACCAGAAAAUGGAUACAUGCGUAGCAAAGAAACUACGGAUAUUUAUUGCACUAAGGAACCGUUACUUGCGUUCCAUCAGAGAAUUACUUUCUGCUUAGACUUACAUAAUCAAAGUGUUAAAGCAAUGAGAUAUCCUCCAAAAUCAUAUGGAAAGGAUUUGGAGUCAGCAGAGGAACGUAGAGAAAGGGAGCAACAAGAUUUGGAACUUGCUAAAGAAAUGGCAGAGGAAGAUGAUGAUGGUUUUCCUUAGACUGUUUAUUUUCUGAAAAUGUUUAAUUAAUAAAGCAAUUCACGAGAAA